GUUUGUUUUUCUUCCUGAGAGAGAUUAACAACUAGUAACUGUAAAGUCUGUGGUUAGCGAGUUAGCUAGCUGAGGACGCCAUGUUUGAUUGAUUUGAUUUACCUGAAAGCAGCCGUUCUUUUUUUGUGUUCAUAAAGAAAAUAACAGAGCUAAGGGGGAAGAACAACAUCCUUGAAAUAAAACUGGACGAGGCCAAUAGACUUCUAAAAUGGUCACAGAGCAAGGAAAAACAUUUAACUGAAGGUGCUUACAGGUUUAAUAUUUAGUUAAGAGGAUUUUGGUGCUGCAGGGUGGUUGCCACGUCCAUUUAUUUUACUCGUAUUUUCACUCCAGUCUUAACAAAAUGAAUAAAAACUCAGAAAAAAACAUUCAGAAAAUCAAUGGAUAGGAAUACAAAUAAAUAAAAAUAAAAUCCUAUCAGUGAAAUAGAGCUGUAGCAAUAGAAACAGCUUUGUGACUUGUCUGUACAGUUGAUUAAAAUAUUCUGUAAGCAUUUUAUACCAAUCCUUUUGUCUUUAUACCUGCCUCCAAUAUUUUCAUAUCUUGAAAAUUACUUUUGGAUCCUCUAAGAUGUGAUUUGCUUACAUUUCCCUUGUCUUUUAAUCCAGACCUUAAGGGGGGGAUGCAAAUUCAUGUUGGGGGGUGGUUAACCAGAUUAACUAGUUAGUGUAAUGCGAAUUAAACAAAAAUACUAGUUAUAAUAGUUAGUUAAAAUAAUAGUUACACCAUACCUCAGUAUGCACUGUACACAAUAGCUCUCGAUGGCAUGGUGUUGUUUUCGAACAAUUUAGAAAAGAACAAAAAGAAUAUGUUUAAAACACCACAGUUUUUGUAUGAUACACCAUCUCAGUGUGUCAAAAUUGAAUUGAAGUGAUUCCUAACCGUUUCACAGCUGAAUGGAUGUUCAUGACAGAACGCAUAAUUCGCACCCUGGCUGUAGGUAUUAAAGUGAUAGUUCACCCAAAAAUGAAAACUUACCCUCAUGUCGUUCCACACCUAUAAGACUUUCGUUCCCCUUCAGAACACAAAUGAAGACAGUUUGAAUGAAAUCAAGCUCCACAAAGAUCAUAAAGGCAUCGUAACAGUAAUCCAUGUGACUCCAAUGGUUUUAACCCAAUUUUAUCAAGUGCUUCGAAUACUUUGUGUGCGCAAAAAAAAAGUCUCUAUUCACAAAAUAUCUUCAUUCCACAUAGACCUCAGACACGCGUUCACGAGAGAACCACGACGCGUGCGUGUUGUGUUGACCGAAGAACGGAUGUUCUCACGAUACAACGGGAACCGGAAGCGCUGCACUGUUUACAGAAGAGGAGGAGGGACGCUGUACACAAACUGAAUCACAUGGGACAAUCUAUGUAACAAAGAUGUCUGCAGAUUUCCACAUCGAGGAGGACUUUAAAAAAAAAAAAAAUGUAAAAAUUUGUCAGCUUUCUGGAACAUCUUUCGCGUCGCUCUCGUAUCAACACAACACACAUGCAUUGGGGUUCUUUCUUGAAUGGGCCUCUGCGAUGUAUGCGAAAGUGAACAUAUUUUGUGAAUAAAGCAUUCGUAUCGCUUUAGAAAACUGGGAUUAAACCACUGGAGAGUCACAUGGGUUACUUUUACGACGCCUUUAUGAACUUGGCGCUUGAACGUUUUGGUUACAUGGAAUGUAAAUGGAGGGACAUAAAUCUCCCAGGUUUCAUUAAAAAUGUCUUCAUCUGUGUUCCGUAGAUGAAUGAAAGUCCUAUGGGUUUGGAAUGGCAUGAUGGUGAGUGAUCGAUGACAGAAAUUUCAUUUUUGCGUGAGCUAUCCCUUGAACUAACCAUGUAAUAUUCACCUACUGAUAGACUUUGUUACCCUCUAGUGGCAGAUAAUGUGUGUGAACGUAUUAGUGCAAUAUUCUGCUUACUGUAGUUGUAAUAGAAUUCAACCUGUGUCUUCAGAAAAAGAUGGAUUGUUGGGAAGCAUUAAAUGUCUUCAGAACAACUUGGAACAACAGUGUAACCUUCGAGGUAGGAUAUCUGCUAGACAUAAUUAUGUGUAUGUAAUGAUAUAGUGUAUGAUAGAAAAAAAAAAGAUUGCAGUGACUUCUGGAUGAGGUCCUUUUCCCUUUUAAUCUAGGUGAAAACGAGAAGCUGAAAAAUGUCAUCCUUGAGCUGAAGAAGCAAAAUGAAGAUCAUGUGGCGGUAAUCUAAUUCAUCUUAAACUUAAAAAAAAAAAAAUAUGAAAAAACAGUUAGAGGUUGAGGUGGGAAAAUUAUUUUUCACAGUGUUUAAUUAGAAAAUGUUAAAUAAAAAGCUUUAACACAAGUAAAACAAUGGUAUAAAGUGUUGUAAAGAAUAAUUAUGAAGCAAUAUAAUUAAAUUAUUAUUAUUGAGUAUUAUUAUUCUUAUUUUCUUAUAUAGUAUAUUAUUCUUGUGAGUUUGUUUUAAUUGAGUUUCUUGUUGUUUUUGUUGUUCAUUUGUUUGAAUUUAAUAUAAUAUGCAGGGGUUUUUUUAAAUUAUUUUUUUAAAUUAUUAAUUUAAAAGCAGAUUUGUUAAACCCAAAGUUGCUUUACAGGACGAAAGCAGAACCAGGUGGAAUCAGAAACUAACAUACAUUAGAUACAACAACCUCUCUCAAGAGAAAAAAGGACAGUGAGGGAAGUAUUGAGAGAAAAGGAAAGUUUUCCUCUCUGCUUUAAAAAUGGAAAUGGAAGAACAGGAAGAAGAGUCCGGUUAUAAACGUAUUCAUGAUACCUACAGUAGCAAGUUUAUUCUAAUAUGAAUAUUAUAGAUAUUGUCAUGUGGUUCAUGCCCAUUUGUAGGAUCACAUUUUUCCCCCCAUAAUGCAUCAAAAGAGCGAAAUCUGAAAACCUGCCUGAUUGUACAUGUAGGAGAGCAGAGCUUGUGUUCAGAGGCUGCAGUGUGAGAUGAGAGCUUUGCAAGAGCAACACCAGAGGGAGACGGAGGACUGUGCUGCAGAUACUAAGAGGAAACUGGAAUCGAAAGAUGUUGAAAUGAAAGCGGCUCUGGACAGAGAGGAGCGUGCGAUAGAAGCGAUGAGACAGAAAAUGAAGGACCAGGAGAAAGAAAAGCAAAGUGAAGUUAUAAAGCUGCAAAUGGAGUUCAGCGCUAAGCUUGCGAGGGCUCAGAGUAUGUCGGUGAAGAGCCAGCUGCAGCCACAAGCAUCUGGGAUCAUUCCUCAACACAUCUUUAAAAGAAAGCUGCAGUUCCUGCAGGAGCAGAAGGAAAAAGAGAUUGAGGCUCUGCAUCAGAGAGUUAAAGAACUGGAGCAGCAGAGCCUGUGCACCUCCUCCGAGUCCCGUCUGAAGAGGAGGAAGAUCUGAAAAGCUGUUUCGGCAUCAAGCAUUUCACAUAUGCAGCACAUUGUGCAUUAACACAAGACUACAUGAUAUAUUUUGUGACAGUGUGAAAGUUUGCCUGGUUUUGUAUUCAAAAUAAUAUCUAUAUAUGUUCUUUUUUUCCCUUUUAAAAAAAAAAAAAUAAUUUCAGUAUAUGAAGUGGUGUCGCAGAGGCUGUUGAACACUGAAGGACAUUUGUGUUCAAAUAAAGACAUGCACAGUGCAGGUCAAAACCUAUAAUCUCUUCAUUAGAAAUGCCUCAGCGUUCACUGCUUUACACGCACAUCAUAGAAAUAUGGACGUACGCAGUAUUAUGUACCUGGAAUGUGUGGCCUCAUUUAUAUAAUCAUCAGUAACUACCUCAGUAUAUUUAUUAUUUAUUAUGCCUACUCACACUACACCAAUCAGGGGUCUGAAAUGUAAGGGGGUGGGGACAUUUUCUGGGGCCAAGCACCGACACUCCGUGAGCCGCACAUUCACCGAAGCUCUAUAAUUGUUUCAUAAGCAGUCACAGGAAAGCAGAGCCAUAACUAUAGACAAAGGGAUUCAAGAAUGAUUUGGGAGAGCAUUUUUGAAUAUCAGAGUUCCUUUGAUAACUUUUGUUUAGACAGGUCUCAGGAUGAAGAGAGCCAAAUUUGGUGUAGAUUGGACAAAAUUUGGAGGAAGAGUAGCAAAAAUUCCAGUUGGAUGUAAGCAUUUUUGGUAUGUUAUUGUAACAUUUGACCAGUAAGUGGUGCUAUCACGAAAUUUGUUUUGUAGCCUCAGGGCAUGAACUUGAAGAUGCCUACCAAAAUUUGUGUCAGUGUGCAAGGUUUUGUAGUUGCUGAGGUGCAGCCUCACAUGCUGUUUGGUGGUUUCACCAUCAGAUUUGUUGACACCUUAGGAGCAGUGGUAGCUCUGUGGUUAAGAUGUUGGACUAGUGAUUGGAAAGUCGUGAGUUCAAAGCCCAGUGCUGCCAAGCUCCACUGCUGGGCCCUUGUGCAAGCCCCUCAACUGCUCAGUUGUGUAAAUUAGGUCAAUGUAAGUCACUCUGGUUAAGAACAAAUGCCAUAAAUGUAAGUGCAAACAGUUUGCAUUAUCAACAUUUUUUUGAUAAUGUUUUUCCACGUUGGUCUGAAUAUGAUGUUUGCCAAAUUUGGAGUUGAUUGGAACUAAUUAGUAGGAAGAGUAGCGAAAAAACUGUUUUUGACAAAAUCCAAGAUAGUCGACAGGAAGUACAUUUGAAUUUGAGAUUUUGGUGUGCGUUCACUUCAGCAUACCCCGGGAAUUAUAGGAAAUAAGAACUGUGAAUUUAGCAUGGAAAUGAAUGUCAUAGGGUGCGUUGAGACUUGUCUCGACCCAGUCUCGAACUUUAUGGUCUGGGCCAAAUGCCCCAAGAACAAGCAGGAUCUGAUGACCAGCUGCAGUAAACGCCUGGCAGAGCACCACCAGGGAACAAACCCAGAGUCUGGUGGUGUGUAUUAGUUCCAGACAUCGGGCAGUCAUUGACUACAAAGGAUUUGCAUCCUUUAAAGUAUUAAAAUGACAAUUUCAUGUUUGUCCAAUUACUUUUGGUCCCGAAAAAAAGAGGGGGGUGGUAUCACAUACACUAUAUCUCCAAAAGUAUAUGGACACCUGACCAUCACACCCAUAUGUGGGUCUUCCCCAAACUGUUCCACAAAAUUGAAAGCGCACAUUUGUACAGGAUGUGUUUGUAUGCUGUAGCAUUACAAUUUCCCUUCCCUGGUACUAAGAGGCCCAAAUAUGUUACAGCGUCACAAUGCCUCUGUGCACAAAGCAGGGUCCAUAAAGACAUGCUUUGCCAAGGUUGGAGUAGAAGAAUUUGAAUGGCCUGCACAGAGCCCUGAUCUCAGCCCCAGUGAACACCCUUGGGAUGAAUUGGAACGCCAACUGCACCCCAGGCCUCCUCACCCAACAUCAGUGCCUGACCUCACUAAUGCUCUUGUGGCUGAACGAGCGCAAAUCCUCACAGGCAUGCUCCAAAAUCUAGUGGAAAUCUUCCCAGAAGUUUGAGGGUCAUUAUAACAGCAAAGAAAGACUAGAUCUGGAAUGGGAUUUUCAAAAAGCACAUAUUUGUGUUAUGGUCAGGUGUGCACCAACUUUUGGCCAUAUAGUGUAUAAAAAGUGCCAUAGUUUUUAUAGCAUUCACCCACUUUAGAUGUAAAUACCUUUACAUGAAAGCUGAAAGACUGUACCUUGAGCUCAUAUCCAUUAUUUAAUUAUUUAAUCAACUACAAUAUGCUGUGGUAGACAGCUAAAAUAACUAAUAAAGUAAUAAAAAAAAAAAACCGUCACUGUCCAAAUAUUUAUGCACCUGACUGUUGUUUACAUUUCCCAUUAGAAGUGUGCAAACCAGUAUACUGUACUCUGUAACUGAGUAACACCUGCCAUACCUCACCAUUAUAGUGAGAAGUAGCAGAUGGUAUAUUAUUAUUAUUAUUAUUAUUAUUAUUAUUAUUAUUAUUAUUAUUAUUAUACUGAAUCAUUUGCAUAAGAUGAAAUGUAGACUUGUUACAUUUGUGAAAUUUUAGCCGAUGAUCACUGUCAGCUGUGAUUAACCGUUUUAAUCAUCCUUCUUGUAACCUGUAUAAAAUAAUCCAUGAUUAAUGCACAAUAACAUUUAAGAAAAUGUUAUAUAAUGUAAUAUUUCUGUCUUCCAUUUUAGCCUGUGAAAAUAUGCACAAGAUUCGCCGAAAUACACAAACAGUUUUCUGAACAAUAAGCAAUUAGGUAAAUAAAAAUAAAAUUAAAAAGUAGUCUUAAGUAAAAUUACUGAGAUAAAGCAUGCUACAUCCGCAGUAUAUCGUUUGAAAUAGCCCUUGACUAAAAAUAAUAAGCAAAUUUUGGUGGUGCAAAUUUAGUAUAUCAAAACAAUCCUCUCCAAUAAACCUGAUGUUUACUGAU